AGAGAGGUGUGGGCCGAGUGGGAGAGAGAGAGAGACAGGGAGAGUGCAGCCAGCAAGCAGUCAUAGUGUAUGGCCAUAAGCCCGCUCCGUAGGCGCGCGGGGCCAGGCCCAGCGGCCCGCCGCGCCUCCUCCUCCAGGGCGUGCGCCAGGGCCCCAGGGCUGGCUCCGCAGGCUCGGCCGCAGGCUCCGCUGGCUCGGCUGCUGGCCUCGGGGGCUGCCGAGAGGAUGGCGCAGCCCGCGCCCAGCUAGAGGCAGAGCAUGUAUGGCAGCGCUUGGAGACGGCCCCGGCCAGGGCUGCGCGUGGCCAUGGACCCAGCGCAUCUGCUCUUCGCGGUCAUGUGCUUCUGGGCGCUCAUCCAAGAGUCGCUGCAGGGGCCGCACGAGAAGAGGCUGCUCCACUCGCUGCUGGACCACUACAACGUCCUGGAGCGGCCCGUGGCCAACGAGUCGGACCCCCUGCAGCUUAGCUUCGGGCUCACGCUCAUGCAGAUCAUCGAUGUGGAUGAGAAAAACCAACUGCUCAUCACGAACAUCUGGCUCAAAUUGGAAUGGAAUGAUGUCAACUUGAGAUGGAACACAUCAGAGUUCGGCGGGGUAAAAGAUUUAAGGAUACCACCACAUCGUAUAUGGAAGCCAGACGUGCUCAUGUACAACAGUGCGGACGAAGGGUUCGAUGGGACAUAUCCGACAAACGUAGUGGUGAGAAACAACGGGAGCUGCCUCUACGUCCCACCGGGCAUCUUCAAGAGUACCUGCAAGAUAGACAUCACGUGGUUCCCUUUUGAUGACCAAAAAUGCGAGAUGAAGUUUGGAAGCUGGACGUACGACGGUUUUCAGUUGGACCUCCAGCUCCAGGAUGACGCCGGUGGGGACGUCAGCAGUUUCAUCACGAAUGGAGAGUGGGACUUACUGGGUGUACCGGGCAAGAGGAACGAAAUAUACUACAAUUGCUGUCCGGAACCGUACAUAGAUAUUACAUUUAUCAUAAUUAUCCGAAGGCGUACACUCUACUACUUUUUCAACCUGAUCGUGCCUUGCGUGCUAAUAGCAAGCAUGGCCGUGUUAGGUUUCACGCUCCCGCCGGACUCGGGCGAGAAGCUCUCACUAGGCGUUACAAUCCUUCUAUCACUGACUGUUUUCCUAAACAUGGUAGCCGAGACGAUGCCAGCAACUUCGGACGCAGUUCCAUUAUUAGGUACUUAUUUCAACUGCAUCAUGUUCAUGGUGGCAUCGUCCGUAGUCUCAACAAUCCUAAUUCUUAACUACCACCAUCGCAGCGCAGACACACAUGAAAUGUCUCCAUGGGUACGCUGCCUGUUCCUGCAGUGGUUGCCCUGCAUUCUUAGAAUGUCGAGGCCUUUACCAGAGGACACACCUGCAGGUGGUUCACCUGGCUCCAGAAAAUCACCUCAAAGUUUGGAACUUAAGGAGCGUUCUUCUAAGAGCCUGUUAGCAAAUGUGUUGGAUAUCGAUGAUGACUUCCGACAUCAUGGCACGCUACCGGGACAUCCCAUGUCCUCUGGCGUGCCGGGGGCGGGGUAUCUUCGGCAUGCCGACGACGGCGGUGCUGGGGGUGGCACGCUGCUCCAUCAUGCAGCAGCUGCAGCGGCGGGGGCGGGCUGCCUAGGUCCACACCGCGAGCUCACCUUAAUUCUCAAAGAGCUGCAUCACAUCACGGAUAAGCUGCGCAAGACGGACGAGGCCGAAGAAAUCACGAACGACUGGAAGUUCGCUGCCAUGGUAGUAGAUCGUCUGUGCCUGUUCAUCUUCACCCUGUUCACCGUGAUCGCCACCAUAGCCGUUCUUUUCUCGGCACCUCACAUCAUCGUCACGUGACGCGUGUUUGUUGUUCUUGUUGUUUGUGUCUCGUCACUGGCGGCGCUGGUUCGCGGCCCGGACGCGCAAGAUGGCGGGGCUCCGGAGUGCCGUCAAGGAAGCUGGUCUUCCCUGGCGGUACGGCGCCGGCAUUCCGGCCACACAGCGUUCGUUGUUUGGUGGAGGAAAGUGAAAUACCACCUCGGAAUUGUGAGAAAAAAAUGUCACAUUAUGAAUUGUCUGCAUUUUUUUCAUUUUGAUGUGUUUUCAAAGAAUUGAAAUGUUGGUUUUAUUGACGAAAGUAUGUCAGAGUGCAUUAAGUUGUUGGCUUUCUUCACCCGUUGUAAAUUACUCGGCUGUUAAUGUCAAUCUUUUGCGACUUGGUUCGCUUUUAUCAUCAAAUCCUAUUGGUUGAGUAUUUUAUCGCGGGCAGAAAUCGUUUAGAGGUGUCGUAAUCAUGUCCUGGGCCGGUGCGCUUUUAAUUAGUGUUAUAUAAAAGUGAGCACGUUCCGCUGUUUCGCGUCGCGGCUCGUAGCCCAAAACUGUUGAAAAUAACUUUGUUUAUCCGAAUGGCGGAGCUGGGACUUCUAGCAGCCUUUCGUAUAUUUUUGUCAGUUGUCUAAUUUUAUAAAACAAAUCUUAGGCAAUGCUAGUUUUCAAAGAAAAUACUCAUUUAUUUCUAACUCGACAGUUUGAACAGGAGGUGGAUGAGGUGGGCUCCCUUCGUUGCGUUGUCGAAUUCUGAAGUUCCAGCGCUACUCACGAAUCAAUUUUGUGCUGGGUCGUUCAAAUGUCCGUCCUUGCAAACUAGUGUUUUCCAAUCCAAUGCAAAGGGACCAAAGUUAUACUGGCCACAAGACUCGUAAUUUAGAGCCAGAUAUGUGCUAAACUAGAGCAUGGAAGGCAGGCAGUAUCUGUAGCAUACCCUAGCGCUGAGGUUGUCAAACACUGGUUUUCGGUUGUGUUUCUUUAUGAACUUGUUUUAGAUAUCAGUAGCAGUGCCAUUGGCACAAUUUCUUAAGUUUCUUUCUCGCCUCAACCAAACUCCAAGCCGACGGGCCGUGCGCGAAAAGUGGCGCGUGCACUAAAUUGAAUGAAAACAAAACAAAAACAAAUUGAUUUGGAAAAUAUUCGAAUCAUACUCAAUGCAUUGUGAUUUUCUGUGGCCUUGACCCCGUGGUCAGGCUUCCUUGGCAGAUGAGAUAGGGUUUACUUGAGUCAACUCUUAAGGUGAGCGGGUUGGUAUCGAGGGCAAUUAGCCUUCAAAUAGGCGUAACCGCGCAACCUUUACGUAGAGUAGGAUCAUUAAAGAUAACGACAAACGGGUGAUUCAAGUUUUACAUUUUUUUAAUAACGGUUUUUUCUUAAAUGUUAUUUGUAUUUUCUUGUUUUUAUACUGCUACUGUACAUAAGGCAUUUUCUGGGUUUUCGAAACUACCAUUAGUUCAAGUUGUUUUUAAUAAAUUGUUAUCAAUCGAAUUAUUCCCAAGUAACGGCCAUCGAUUCGGUGACUUUUUAAAAAGUACGUUUUUCAUAAAACACUGAUGAAUAUAGACCUUUGUAUUCGUACGAAUACAUGUAUCUAAUAGACUUAGAUAGACGUAAAUUGUUUGUUGAUGGUUAUGGUUAAAUUGUCUUGUACUUGUAGAUUUAAGAUUCAAUUGGAAUGUUGAUGGUAGUGAGAAACUGCAUUGCUGGAUAUUUUAAGCGGACUCGGGGGAGCGGGCGCGCCACAGGCGCUUAAGUUUUUUAUUGUUGCCAACGGUUGCUCACAGACAUAAACCUUAUGGUAAAGCUUUAACUGUAUACGACCAAAUAUCUAAAUAAUUUCUGGUAGGCGGUUAAAAGUGCUAUCUUCAAUUUUUAUUAGAAAAUGGGAUAGUGGCAGUCUUUGCCCAUAAUUGUGAUAAUCUAACUAAUGAACCUGGACUAAAUAUCAAAGUUAAACUGCUGUAAUGUUAAAUAAACUAAAUCAACAUGAUAAAUAAUUUACUUAACCCGUUAAAGAAAAGGCUGCUUCUGUCCCGCUGUGUACAAUCAAACUCAUUACUGAUGACCGCUGCCAGUUUCUAAAAAAAAUGACUAAUAGUACAUCCGUUUAACAGAAUAAUUUGCGCGUUUUGUAUAUAAAAAUGUCUGUAGGUCGCCCGACUAAAAGUAUAACUGAUGUAGCCGAACUCUGCGGCUAAAAUGACUGUGCCUUCUGGCUUUAGUUUAGUGCAAAGUUCUUUCAAAAGCGUUAAACUCGCCAUAUCUUAACUUUUUGUACCACUGCACAAAGUUGCUCACAACCAUGGGCUCCAACCGUGACUAUAGAUCGUUUCCCUCAAAAGAAAUUCCAUGACCGAAACUGGUUUUUCUCUCCUAAUAUACAUAUUCAUUAAUCAAUUUUAACUGUUGUGAUUUUUUUAUGGUUAGUUCCCGGGGAGCUGGUCUUCCCGCGGAUGUUAGCUGUUAUCGUUAACCGCGUUGUGAGGCAAUUAAAGUUUUUAAUCGCAUGAAUAGUGCGUACCCGUCGGAGACAAUUUAAAGAAUACCCUGGUACGUAGUAGGGAUUACACUAACGUUUUACGUCACCCCGAAAAUCCCCAAAAUAUAUAUUUUUGUAAUUUACUAACGCCCUUUUACAAGGUUCACUAAUGCACAAGUGCUCUGCUCGGACUGCAUUGUGAAUGUGAAAAAAUAACCCGUAAAUGUGUUAGAAGUAAUCCCAAGCUGUUAACUAAACGAUCAGGAUUAAAGGGCCUCGGGGACUCCUAAGAGUCCCCACUCGCCCCAAGCUAGAGGCGUGGUGCGCCUGCUCGGUGAUCCGCUAUGUACAGUAAUAGCUUGCCUAAGCCUAAUGAGACAUUGUGCCACAUCGACCAAUUCUACAGUGCAUCUAGACGCUGAAUAUUUCCCCGUACUGCCCGUCCCUUCUGAAAGGGAACUUGUCCUGGUGUUGCAGUGGCGUGAUUUUGUUGAGGUGGUUGGCAUCCCCUCCAACCCCUAGCAAAGGCGCUCUGACUUGCUCAACCUGGCUUUUUACACGCUUGUUCCACGUAGAGUCCAGUUUCGGUUGGGUGAAGUCCUGGUUUCUACCGUUUCAUAUAGCUGCGUUGAUCCAGGCUGAGUGUUCUUAUUUUCCCUAUUCAUAGGACAGUUCACUGCCUUUAACCCUCUGAGAGAUGCGACGGUGUAUAUAGAGAAGUUAAAUUCUCUUUUUCUUUUCUUUUUUUGUUCAUGGAGGGUCAUGACAAUUUCUCAGCUCAUCGUUGUGCUGUUACGUAAGAACCGUUAGUGUUCUCGUCAAAACUUAACUCAAACUCAAUUCAAAGUUCGUUUUAUAUAUUUACUUUUGUACAGUACGAUCUAUAUUUACCAAAAAUUGUUUUCUGCCGUAGCUCUUGUACAGUUUAUAACACUAUUUGUGUACAUUCGUAGAGUGGGAUCACCUUUUGCCUCGGAGAAUGAUCGCGAGUUUUGAAGUAGUGGCAGAUAUUUAGUGUUUGGUCAGCCAUUUUUCUGAUGGUUGUCAUUCCCAUGAAAUAUUUACCAAACAUUUCAGAAUACUCUUCACUUCCAUGCAAUACUUUUGCCUACACCCGCAUAGACUCUUUUAAUUCUACUCUGGUCCGCAAGUAUCAUUUUCAAAUCAUUAAUAGUUUUUUUUGGAAAUUAUGACUGGCCAACCGCACACAGCCACUCGUAGCUUUGGUGGAAAUUGAUCUCAGAAUGUGAGGCGCUCAGAACUUUGUCAGUAGUCUUUGUUUAGAAUAGUUCACACAAACUGAAAGAAAGAUUGAUACAAAAUAUAUUUUACCUCAAAAUACAAGGGCUGUCCUGUGAGAACAGAUCUGACAAUCGGCUGCGAAAUACCUUAUGGAUUGCGUAGCACAUAUUUGAAGUUAAUUAUUGAGACAUUUAAGUUAUUGUUUUUAAUCUUAUUUUGGGUCAUGUAAAGCUGUUUGAAUAAAUCUAAAUUUAAUUUUGUUACUUUCGUGAGAAUGAAAGAAAGAGAAAUUGAAAUGGCUACCUACUGGUUGCGACCUUAUUAGAUAUCGGUGGUAAUGGUAGCCGAAAUGUUUGUAUGGAUGAGUAAGUGUCUAUGAAAUAGGCUCGAAGUUAUAAAGCAAGAGGCAAUACGACGGGGAAUCAUUUAGGGUCUUUCCACUUGGUUUAAUAUUACUACUGAUUGGUACAAGAAAGAUAAAUACCACUAUGCUUUCAUUUCAGGUGACAACCCUUACUUUUUUUGUGCCUCUUCAAAACCAUUGCAUUUUUUCCCGAUACGCUUUAAGAGUCAAUCGGCUUCGGCAGAAAUAGGGAACAUCUAACUGGAAUGGAGAUUCGGGCACGCAUGUAUAGAGCGUAAAAGGAGGCAGUCGCUGCGGCAGAGCUAGAAUCUUUCUUUUUCCGUCCCACCCAUACGGUUUUGUAAACAUGCAGAUGAGCAGUUUGACGUCAAAACGCACACAAGUUGCAAAAGCAACUUCGAAACAAAAUACAGUGUCUUUCAGCUUCGUACUGGGCUACUUACUACUCUACGUUAUGCCUCCCGUUAACUUUAUUACACAGAUUUUCAUGAGUCGCUGGGCAAUGUCCAAGGAGACAGGUUAAAGUAAACUUUAUAUAUAUAUUAAAACUUCGUUAAUUGGGUUGUUAGGUUUACGUUUCAGACAGUAAAUCAAUCUACUAAGCAAUCUAAAUGUUUUCCGUAUAAUCGAGUUGUCAAAUUUCAGAAAAGAAAAAGGUAUGAGUCGUAAACUAGCACAAGCAGGGUAGAAUUCUGAUCAACGUUGACAUUCUACAUGGUUUAAAAUUUACGUUCACUUGAAAACCGUCUGGCCCCUUUGUGCGGACGUUUCAUUCCAUGGUACAGGUCCAUUGCCUACGAUUGUUGCAUUAUUUCUCAGAAGUGUUUUCACAUAUCUAUAUUUUUCCCAUUUGUUUAAAGAGCCUUUCUUUCAGUAUCCGAUGACUGGGUAGUAUAGAUAAAAUUGAAAGGUAGUAUGUUACAGGAAUUGAAAUUACGCUAUCGGCUUUCAAGGGAAAACACUAUCUGGGUUGUCGCUUUCUUGUGCUUAGUGUUGCCACUUGAUAAACAUUAUUUCAUUUUAAGAAGAGAAAUGUGAUGCAAUUGACUGAUCAACUUGAUUUAAGACUUUAAAUGAUCUGCUUUCCCCGCCAUUGAUCGUCUGUAUAAAUUGUUCUAAAUUUAAACCUAAUCACUACUUUUCUCUUCAUUAGCUCACUGUUCGUUUUAAACCAGCUCUUUUGCAAAUGAAAAUUUUCUGUCGCAUUUAGGCCAGGUCCUGUCACUGGCCGUUCAUUGGUGCUCCCAGUAGUUAGUAUAACCGUCUACCAGACAACUAUUUUUCUAAGGCAAACUAUUAUAGGGCGUCGAAUUCACCCGGAUGAAUGGCGUUAACGCGGCAGUUGUUUUCUUUCCGAAAUGGUUCGGAUAGUUUCCAAAAUUCGCCGAAGAUAGUGUUGAUGCAUAGGUUCCCCGACGAGUUGUAAAUACAUUUACGUUCUAAGACGUGAAAUAAACAGUUCACCCUUUAGGAUUCACUAACGUUGAGUAAUAUGUUUCGUUUGAUCAAAUUUUAUUGAAACAGAGGGGGAAAUAUUAGGCUUGGUACAUUAGUCAUCUUGUUGCUGCUGGUUUGCAAAUCUUACCCUUCAAAAAAAUUCUUACGUUUAAAACUUGUAGGUAGGAUUUACUUUCGCCUUGUCACUAUCUUACCUCCUCGAAAACAUUUCGAUGUACCGUCGUUCCCUAUUUCUUCCCCUUCUUGUGGACUCGUCACAAUACGCACUACCUAAUUAUUUUAAAUAUUUCUUCGCAUUUCUCGUGUUUGCCUUGAAAAAAGUGAUUGUUUGGGACUCAAAAGUUAGGAUUGUAGCGUAGGAAAUAAAUACCUGAAAUAGGUUAUUGUUUGAAGAGUGGUAAUCUGAGUUUAUCAGCUCUUUAAAGAAUGCAUGCGUGUACUUAAAGUCCUUCUCCGAAGACAUAUACCCCAAACUUUCUAAAGACUGAGUUUUUGACCAAGUGUCUUAAACUUUUUCCUAUGAUAUAGGGGCGUAUAGGGGCGAUUAUGAAACACAGGAGCGUAAAAGGUUCCAUAAACACAGUUCUGUUCCUUGAAUUGAUUUCAUCUAAUUUGUCGCAAUAAACUGCAAUUUAGAAAGUAAAAUGAGACUGCGUGCCGGAAGGAUGAGUCGGAAAUAAAGAACUGUGAUUAUGCACCUACCUGUUGACCACAAAAUGUUGUUAGGAUAUUAAUAUGGUACAGGGGUUUAAUAACUUAUGUUGAAACGUGAGAGAAUUUAACCCUAUGCAAUAAAUCGUAAAUACAAUUUAACGUAACAGGCUAUAAACAGACAGCUUUUAUAAUCUAAUUCGCUUUAACUUCUAAGCAAUAUGCGCACCAGGGUGUUCGGGAGCUCCACGUGUCCUGAAUAACAUCUUUUCCAUUACACCUUUUACCCCUUUGUACUCUAAUGUCUUACACCUCAUUUUGAGCUGUUGUGAAUAUAAUUGAAAAACACCUCAUGUUACUUUUGGUAGUAACUUAAUGCAGAUCAUCAGCCAUGGGCCAAACCCUAUAAGUGUAAAUGAAAUAUUGUAUAACUUAGGUUCGCGUAGAUUUUUUUCCUAUGUGCUAGGAGAAUAAACUCUCCAGUUACCAAAGUCACUAUUCAUCUUGGAACCUUUGCAUCAAUCAUCCCUAAUGUAGUUGAUUUCUUAAACCAGGUUAAGAAAUGUCCUGGUUUUUAUUAUUACUUAAUACCUCAUCUACUGCCAACAACAGAUGACACAUUUAACGUGUAUCUUGUAUUUUAAAGGGAACCUAGUGCCUUGUGCAGAAAAGUGAACGAUUGUAAAUAACGGUUGUAUGAUUGUAGUGUUAUUCAGAACUCAAGGAACGACUGGUAGUUUCUCAAAAGUUGUUUUUAGCAAAAAAAGGAAAAAAAUAUGCACAACUUUCAAUUGAGAUUUAAAAUCUCUGAGCAGCACCUUGCGAGAUAUAUAGCCUAUUGUUACUGACCGUAAACAAGGCGGCAUCAUGUUGCUAAUGGGAACGUAACCUAAGGGCUCUUAUUAUAGUCUUGCCAUUUAUUAUUUUCCAGCCAAAAUGAAUUUGACAUUUAAGUGACGCGUUCCGUUGCAUUGUAAGUACCUCUUAUUUCUCGCAGAAAAUCUGGAUCUCUCUUGCCUGGUUGGACUUGCCGAGAAACAAUGACCAGCUUUAGGUUUACGGCUUGAAAACCAAGCCGUAAAGGUAGAACUUUGCUCGCCCUGCGACUGGCUUUUUGGAUACUUGUCUUUUCUGACAAUUUUUGACUGCCUGUCAGUAGCAUGGGUCGCCCCCCCAUGGGGCCAUCUGUGCCUCAGCCGACUCGACUCUCUGCAGGAUCAUCAGCCCCUCGUUCGACUACGGAGCUCGACUGGGGUCUGACUUUUGACGACUUACUAUGUGGUCCUCUGUACUGCGUGUGCAUUUACGUCAACUCUAUUGCAAAGUAACUUUCGUCUUGGGAGAAAAUGUUCUAUCUCCUCGGCUUAAACUGUCAUAUCAUUUAGGCACGAGGGAAGCAAAUAAGCCAUUUUUUAUUAUUAUUUUUAGCUGCUAAAAUGUGUAUCUGUAUUUUAUUUCCAUUUAAAUCCCCUUCAAAAUAUUUUCAUCCCAAGUCGCAGUUUUUGUCUUCCAAAGCGCACUGCGAACCAGUGGUUCGUUCUCACCUUACCUGGUGGCUACUAUAGGCAAAGUUCGAACGACACCGAGAUGACUCUGACAUGGCCACGUCGUUGUCAGUUCGAUGUCGUUUGGACGAUUUUGCUUCUUUUCUCAUCGAAAGAUCAUUUCUAUUUUGUGGAGGGACGAGUCAAUAUGAGGCAAAGUGUAGUCGUGUAAUACGGCGCUGCGGUGCCUGGAUGAGAACAACUAGCUCAUCCGUAAUUGUUAAAAUUAUAAUGUACAGAUGACAUGGUGUUAGUAGAUUUUAUGAAUGCUCAUUAAUUUAUGUGUUGUUUUUUUAUUGGAGAGUAUUACGAAUAAAAUAUUGUUACUACUGAAAAUUAUAUAAUAAAGUACUAAGAAUUGUAA